AUCGGGCUUACACUACCCCCGAUAGACGCGAACUCUUUUUCAUCAAUCCGUACAAAUUCAACUUAAGUUGAGAGUCAUUGUUCCACGUGAUCCUAAAAUUUCGCCUUCCAAAUCAUUCAGAUUGCAAUCACCAUUUAAUAAUAUAUUUCACCAUUUACGCAACAGCUCCAAGCCGUCAUCACCAUGGGUUCCGUCGUACUGCCGCACCUGCGUACCGCUUGGCACGUGGACCAAGCCAUUCUCUCUGAAGAAGAACGACUUGUAGUCAUUCGAUUUGGCCGAGACCACGAUGUCGACUGCAUGCGCCAGGACGAAGUUCUUUUCAAGAUCGCUGAACGUGUCAAGAAUUUCGCCGUGAUCUACCUCUGCGACAUCGACGAGGUCCCCGAGUUCAACACCAUGUACGAAUUAUUCGAUCCAAUGACCAUCAUGUUCUUCUAUAGGAACAAACACAUGAUGUGUGAUUUCGGUACCGGUAACAACAACAAAUUGAACUGGGUGCUGGAGGAUAAGCAGGAGUUAAUUGAUAUUCUUGAGACGAUCUACAAGGGUGCUAAGAAGGGACGGGGUCUCGUGGUUAGCCCGAAGGAUUACUCGACAAGGUACCGGUACUGAUUUGCUUUGGUCGUUGGUUGGGUAGAGAUGUGCUGCUAGGCUGCUCUGCGGCUGAUAAUUUUAGAACAAUGAAAAAAAUGACUGACGUAUAUGUUCUCAGUGCUUGGUAGUGUUCAGGUAUAAAAUAAGUGUACAUAUCCCCUCUGUGCUUAGGUGAGAUGUGUUCUUGGGUUGUAAUACCUCCGGUAGCAGGUAGCGCGAUAUUUCUUUCGUAUCUCCUUUAGCUCAUUUAAGGAAGUCGAAUAUUUGCACUUGAGCCACAAUGAUUUUUCAGGGAACGUAGGAAUGGAACUUCUAGCUGGGCGAACAGCGCUGGGGACCUUCAACACCGUGAAGCUCAGUAUUAGUAUCUAGGGUUUUAGUUGCUUUUGGGUCAAUAGUAUACUCGUUCGAGCCACUAUGGUACCAUUCCUCUUAAAACCCUAUGGAGGUAGAACUUGACUGUCUUUGAGGCUUGGUAGAUCACGAUAUACG